AUGGCCGUUGAAGACGAAGCAUGCAACGCGGAGGAGCCCGAUGUCGAUGAUGAUGUUGAGACGGACCUGUCCUCCGUCAGGAACGUCUCCGGAGGCUCGGAUCCGCCGGCCAGGGCGUCGGAGAGUGUUGUUUCCGGCGGUGGUGCUCGUCGGCAGUCGACGGGGACUGCCCCGCAGGGUUCGUCUUCGCAGACAGUACCUGCCCCGUCCACACGUCGCCAGUCCGCGCCCCCCGUUGCCGGUGCUGGUAGCGGGAGCGGCGGCGGCAGCAGCAGUGCCGCGCCCGCAGCAUCUUCCGCCGCAACAUCUUCGCAGAGCACCUCACGCAAGACUUCUGAUCACGAUAACGUCCGCCAUGACCCCGGCACGUUAUGGUGGUUCUCGGCGGAGCUGCGGCAGGCCCAAUCUUCAUCUACAUGCUUCAGAAGCAUAUGGAGGAACACGUAA